UGUGUCACGUCACGUGAGCCACAUCCAUGGUUCCUGAUUUUGUCCUUGAGUAGCACUGGCAUGUGGAGAGGACAAUGUCUUUUACCAAAAAAACUGGUGGGAAGGCAUUAGAUAUUUUGCAGAAUUUGCCUCGUAUUACAUUAGCAAACUUGCGACCGGAACCGGGGACGAAGAAAGCUGAGAAGAAGCGAGGCAGAGGCCAACAUGGAGGAAACAGAAGUGGCCGGGGUCACAAGGGGGAGAGGCAGCGAGGCAACCGACCUCGCCUGGGGUUUGAGGGGGGUCAGACUCCCUUCUAUCUAGCCAUCCCCAAAUACGGCUACAAUGAGGGCCACAGUCGGCGGGCUCAGUACCAGCCACUGACCUUGAACAGGCUGCAGUAUCUGAUUGACCUGGGCCGGAUUGACCCCACUCAGCCCAUUGACCUGACACAGCUGGUCAACGGCAGGGGAGUGACCAUCCAGCCCCAGAAGAGGGACUAUGGUGUUCAGCUUGUUGGCGAGGGUGCUGGUAUCUUUGCAGCGAAAGUCAACAUAGAAGUUCAGAUGGCGUCUGAGGAGGCCAUUGCUGCCAUUGAGAGAAACGGAGGGAUCGUCACUACAGGUUUCUAUGACCCCAGAAGUCUCGCGGUCCUGUGUAAGCCUGUGCCGUUCUUCUUAAGUGGACAGCCCAUUCCAAAGAGAAUGUUGCCUGGGGAGGACAUGGUCCCGUACUACACAGAUGCUGCCAACCGUGGUUACCUGGCAGACCCAGAGAAGAUUCAAAAAGCACGGAUAGCCUUGGCCCAGAAGUAUGGCUACAUUUUACCGGACAUUUCCAAAGACGAGUUGUUCCACAUGCUCUUUAUGAGGAAGGACCCCAGACAGAUCUUCUUUGGCCUCUCGCCAGGCUGGGUGGUCAACAUGACAGAGAAAAAGAUUCUGAAACCGACUGACGACAAACUGCUCCAAUAUUACAAUUCUUAAAAAUGAUUAACAUAAACAUGCUCAAUUUAUAUACAAAGAUGUCAUGAUGGGUGAUUUAAAAUAAACGUCUCUUAGCAUAACUGGCCAACGGAUUCAGCUUUUUCAUCACAACUGUAUUAAAUGUUCAUAAUUUAAUGCCAUGGUUCUCUCAUUCGUCUUAGGGGCGUUUCACCCAAAAUCUGAAAAUAAUGUAUUUCUAUUGUACAUCUCUGUAAGAAAGGCACCAUGCUUAAUGAUCAAUGCUUAUAGUGAAUGGAGGAGUAAAUUGAGGUUAGGUUACGCACACUACUUGAACAAAAGGAUGUGGACGACUGCUCAUCGAACAUCUCAUUCCAAAAUCAUGGGCAUUAAUAUGGAGUUGGUCCCCCCCUUUGCUACUAUAACAGCCUCCUCUCUUCUGAGAAGGCUUUCCACUAGAUGUUGGAACAUUGCUGUGGGGACAUGCUUCUAUUCAGCCAUGAGGAUUAGUGAGGUCGGGCACUGAUGUUGGGUGAUUAGGCCUGGCUCGCAGUCGGCGGGCCAAUUCAUUCCAAAGUUAUUUGAUGGGGUUGACGUCAGGGCUCUGCAGGCCAGUGAAGUUGUUCCACACCGAUCUUGACAAACCAUUUCUUAUAUGGACCUCGCUUUGUGCACGGGGGCAUUGUCAUGUUGAAACAGGAAAGGCCCUUCCCCAAACUGUUACCACAAAGUUGGAAGCACAGUUGUCUAGAAUGUCAUUGUGUGCUGUAGCGUUAAGAUUUCCCUUCACUGGAACUAAGGGGCCUAGGCCGAACCAUGGAAAAAAGCCCAAGGCCGUUAUUCCUCAUCCACCAAACUUUACAGUUGACACUAUGCAUUUGGGCAGGCAGCAUUCUCCUGGCAUCUACCAAACCCAGAUUUGUCCAUCGGACUGCCAGAUGGUGAAGCAUGAUUCAUCACUCCAGAGAACUUGUUUCCACUGCUCCAGAGUUCAGUGGUGGUGAGCUUUACACCACUUUUGCCGACCCUUGGCAUUACGCUUGUGUGCGGCUGCGCGGCCAUGUAAACCCAUUUCAUGAAGCUCCCGACAAACAGUUAAUGUGCUGAUGUUGCUUCCAGAGGAAGUUUGGAACUCAGUAGUGAGUGUUGUAACCGAGGACGGACUAUUUUUACAUGCUUCAGCACUCGGCAGUCCCGAUCUGUGAGCUUGUGUGGCCUACCACUUCUUGGCUGAGCCGUUGUUGCUCCUAGAUGUUUCCACUUCACAAUAACAACACUUACAGUUGACGGGCUGCUGUAGCAGGGCAGAAAUUUGACAAAUUGACUUGUUGGAAAGGUGGCAUCCUAUGACUGUGCCAUGUUGAAAGUCACUGAGCUCUUCAGUUAGGCCGUUUCUUGUUGUUUCCGUACAAACUCGGGAGAGGCGAAGGUCAAGAGCCAUGCAUCCUCUGAAACACGACCCAGCCAAGCCGCACUGCUUCUUGACACAAUGCUCUUAACCCGGAAGCCAGCCGCACCACAACGUGUCGAAGGAAACACCGUACACCUGGCGUCUGUUUCAGCGUGCAUGUGCCCGGCCCGGCACAGGAGUCGCUAGAGUGCGAUGAGACAAGGACAUCCUUGCCGUUCAAACAAUUCCAUAGCCCGGACGAUGCUGGGCCAAUUGUGCGCCACACCAUGGGUCUCCCGAUCGGGGCCGGCUGCGACAGAGCCUGGACUCGAACAACGAUCUCUAGUAGCACAGCUAGCACUGCGAUGCAGUGCCUUAGACCACUGCACCACUCAGGAGGCAUUAAGGCCAUUCUACUGCCAACGUUUGUCUAUGGAGAUUGCAUGGCUUUGUGCUCGAUUUUUAUGCACCUGUCAGCAAUGGGUGUGGCUGAAAUAGCCAAAUCCACUCAUUUCAAGGGGUGUCCACAUAUUUUUGUAUGUGCAGUACCAGUCAAAAGUUUGGACACCUUCUCAUUCAAUGAUUUUUCUUUAUUUGUACUAUUUUCUACAUAACAGUCUUGAAGGAGUUCCCACAUACACUGAGCACUUGUUGGCUGCUUUUCCUUCGCUCUGCUGUCCAACUCAGUCCAAUUAAGAUGGUUUGGGUUGAGGUUGGGUCAUUGUGGAUGCAGCACUCCACAACUCCACUGAUGCAGCACUCCUUCUUGGUCGAAAAGCCCUUACACAGCCUUGAGGUGUGUUGGGUCAUUGUCUUGUUGAAAAACAAAUCAUAGUCCCACUAAGCGCAAACCAGAUGAGAUGGCGUAUUGCUGCAGAAUGCUGUGGUAGCCAUGGUGGUUAAGUGUACCUUGAAUUCUAAAUAAGUCAUAGACAGUGUCACCAGUAAAGCACAUUUCCUCCUCCAUGCUUCACGGUGGGAACCACACAUACAGAGAUCAUCCGUUCACCUACUCUGCAUCUCACACAGACACGGCGGUUGGAACCAAAAUCUCAAAUUUGGACUCAUCAGACCAAAGAACUGAUUUCCACCGGUCUAAUGUCAAUUGCUCGUGUUUCUUGGCCCAAGCAAGACUCUUCUUAUUAUUGGUGUCCUUUCAGUAGUGGUUUCUUUGCAGCAAUUUGACCAUGAAGGCCUGAUUCGCACAGCCUUCUCUGAACAGGUAAUGUUGAGAUGUGUUUCUUACUUGAACUCUGAAGCAUUUAUUUGGGCUUCAAUGUCUGAGGUUGGUAACUAAUGAACUUAUCCUCUUCAGCAGAGGUAACUCUGGGUCUUAAUUUCCUGUGGUGGUCCUCAUAAAAGCCAGUUCAAUCAUAGCGCUUGAUAGUGUUUGCGAUUGCACUUGAAAAAUAUUCAAAGUUCUUGAUAUUUUCCGGAUUGACUGACCUUCAUGACUCCGAGUAAUGAUGGACUGACAUUUCUCUUUGCUUAUUUAAGCUCUUCUUGCCAUAAUAUGGACUUGGUCUUUUACCAAAUAGGGCUAUCUUCUGUAUGCCACCCAUACCUUGUCACAACACAACUGAUUGGCUCAAACGCAUUAAGAAGGAAAGACAUUCCACAAAUUAACUUUUUAACAAGUCACACCUGUUAAUUGAAAUGCAUUCCUGGUGACUACCUAAUGAAGCUGAUUGAGAGAAUGCCAAGAGUGUGCAAAGCUGUCAUCAAGGCAAAGUUUGGCUACUUUGAAGAAUCUCAAAUAUAAAAUAUGGUUUGAUUUUAACUUUUUUUUGUUGGUUACUACAUGAUUCCAUAUGUGUUAUUUCAUAGUGUUGAUGUCUUCACUAUUUAAUCUACAAUAUAGAAAAUAGUAACAAAAAUAAAGAAAAAACAUUUUAAUGAG